AUGAGGGGCAUGGUCAAAACAGUUGGUCAUUUGAUUGGUGUAGAUGUGAAAGACCAGGAUAUCUUAGUAAGUCAUCACCUUGCUGCUAAGGCGAGCAGUCAUGCAGGUGCUUUAAGGGAUGACCCAGCAAUAAUCGUGAAAUUUGUUCGAAGAGAAGUGCGAGAUAAAUCCUAUACUUCAAGGAAGUAUCUUCGAAGAAAGUCGACUAAGGAUAUUGGAUUGACGAGAGUAGCAGAACACAAAAUCUAUAUUGGUGAAAGCUUCACACAGCAAAAUCGUAAACUUUUCAAUUUAUGCUUGGAGCAUAAGAAACGUUUAAAUUACAAAUUUGUUUGGACAUCGGCUGGAAAAAUAUUACUACGCAAGGAUGAAAAUAGUCCAGUAAUAAGUGUCUUGGAAACAAAGGACGUUAACAAAAUCCACUAA